AUGACGACGAAGCUCUGGAACGCGCGACUCGCGGCCGCGAAAGCCGCGGGCGUGGACUCGAACGCGGCGACGGAGACGUCGAACCAGGCCGCGCUCGUGUCCAAGCCCCCGGUCGCGACGUCCGUGCGGUAUCGCUUCACGUCCGACGACGCGCUCCUCGAGGCGUAUCGAUCGCCGUGGAACGCCGUGCGAAUCGGACGCGUCCUGGAAGACCUGGACUCCCUCGCCGGGAACAUCGCGUUCCAGCACUGCGACGACGGCGUCGUCGAGACCAGGCCGCAGCUGCUCGUGACCGCGUCCGUGGACCGCGUGCGCUUACACCGCGCGUUGCGCCUGGACGAAGACCUCACGCUCACGGGCGCGGUGAGCUGGGUCGGACGCUCGUCGAUGGUGAUUCGCAUGGAAGCGACGACGGCUUUCGCGCCGGGUCCGUCGCUGAGCGCGGAUUUCACGUUCGUCGCGAGGGACCCGGUGACGAAUAAAUCCGCGGCGGUGAACCCGCUCGUGCCGGACUGCGCGCGCACUCGAGCGCUGUUCGACGCGACCGCGGCGCGCGUGGACGCGAAGAAGCGGCGGAUGCGCGCGACGCGCGACGCGAUCGCGGCGGGUAAACACGCGGACGCCGGUUUAUCCGACGAAACGCGCGCGGCGAAGAAGGCGUUCGCGGACGCGCUCGCGGCGGACGCGCGGACGCUCGCGGAGCUCCCCGCGCUCGCGCCCAGGGACGUCGUGCCGUCGUCCGCGACGCGGACGGAGAACAUAUUCGUCGCGCAGCCGCAGCAGAGGAACCUCUCGGGGCGGAUAUUCGGCGGGUUUUUGUUGCGGCGGGCGUUCGAGCUCGCGUUCGCGACGACGUACGUGUUCGGCGGGGACCGACCGGUGUUUAAGCAAGUCAGCGACAUGGACUUUCUGCGUCCCGUGGACGUCGGGGAUCUUCUGCGGUUGAAGUCGCGGGUGUUACACGCGAGCGUCAGCGACGAGGACGAACACAAGCGCAGCUGCGUGGACGUGGAGGUGGAGGCGUUCGUGACCAAGCCGGAGCGCGCCGCGAGCGAGGUUUCGAACACGUUUUUGUUCAAGUUUUACGUCGGCGCGGGGGGGGAGGGGGGGGCGACCGUCACGCGACGCGUCGCGCCGAUGUCGAGGGAGGACGCGGAGCACGUGUGGGAGCGGUGCGAGCGCCCGAAGCUGCAGGCGGAGGCGGACGAGGAGAGUGGGGGGUCGUCGUAG